ACCAAUCAGCGUGUUUCUUUUUUACACGUUCUACGCGCGGAGACUGAGCAAAAGCGUUGGCAGCAGAGGUGGUCGCGAUCACAACAACGCCGGAUCCCUGACAGCUGCUCUCGAGUGUUCACCUUUAAAAACAUGGCUGAGAAGGUGAUUGCGACAAUGGAAGAAAAUCCACCAAAAGUCAACAAAUGGGAUGGGAACGCCUUAAAGAAUGCACUUGAUGAUGCUGUCAAAGAUGUGUUGCUGUCACGAUUCAGCUAUGUGGAGAGUCACAGACUGCUAGACGGACGCUUGUUAAUCUCCUCCAUAGCUGUUGGCUUCUCACUCUUUGCUCUUCUUUGGGAUUGGCUCUAUCCUUUCCCACAGUCUAGAAUGGUAAUGUGUGUUUGUGUGGUGGCCUACUUUAUCAUGAUGGGAGUGCUUACCUGGUACACAACCUAUUUGGAAAGAGGAAUCUUCUGCACAGCCCUUAACAAAGAUGUGGCUGGAAUAGACCCUGACGACGUCUGGAAUGCUUCAUCAUCACUGAAGAGGUUUGACAACAAGUACCACCUGUGCCUUUCGCAAAAGACAGGGAAGACGGGCAAGGCCAAAGAAGCACGCACUGUCCUCACAGUUGAAAACUUCUUUGAUGAGACUGGAAGGCUUCUGUACGGCUCUGUGGUAAAGGAAGUCCUCCGCCUGCACUCUGAUGUAGAACACAAGAAGAACUAGAAAGGUGUCAAGUAAACUAUUUGCUGAAUUACUUAACCUUAUGUGAACUUUGUUACAUAUUU